AUGGAUGAGAUAGAUGCUCUUUUUGAGCAAUUAAAAGAGGUUUCUUCAAAGGAGAACGGUACUUCGAAGACGAAAGUAGAUGAGUUGAAUGAGGACAAAGUUAUAUUUGAUGAUGAGGACAGCAAAGAGAAGGAGUUUCUAAGGAUAGAAAAAGAGCUAAGGCGACUACCGAAGUUAGAGACUGGGUUUGAUUCACUCGCUCAGACUAAGAAGGGUGAAGUUAAAAAGCAUGAGAUGGGACUCACCGAAGAAGAAAGGAGGAAGAGAGAGAAGAUGAUCAAGGAUGCUCAAAAGAAGAAGACAAGCGAGGAGUGGUUCACUUUACCUAAGCCUGACGACAAGGCCAAGCGUGAGAUACAGCGUGACUUGCUGCUGAUAAAGCAUCGUGCAGCUUUGGAUCCGAAGAGACACUAUAAGAAAGACCGUUGGAAGGUUCCCGACAGAUUCUCUGUCGGUACUAUAGUUGAAGACAAGACAGAAUUUUACAGCAGCAGACUCACCAAUAAGCAACGUAAAUCUACUAUGCUGGAAACUCUAAUGACCGAUGACACUACAAAUAAGUAUUUCAAGAGAAAAUACAGCCAAAUACAAGAACAGAAAAUGAGCGGUAAGAAAGGUCAUUAUAAGAAAAUGAAAGCUGCUAGACAUAAAAAAUAG